UCGGCGCUCGGCUGGGGCGGCCUGGCCCACAAUGAAUGGCCGCCGCCGCUGCCGCUGCUGCUGAGCCCGAGGCCGCGGAGGCCGCGGAGGCGGAGGCCGAGCCCCCGGCGCAGGGGGGGCGCCCCCCGGGCCCAGGCCCGGCCCCAGCCGCCUCUGCGGAGCCCGCCGGCAGCCCCCGGAGCCCGGCCGCCCGCCAGCCUCCAGCAUGGCCCAGAUCCUGCAGAUGGAGAUCCCCAACUUCGGGAACAGCAUCCUGGAGUGCCUGAACGAGCAGCGCCUGCAGGGCCUGUACUGCGACGUGUCGGUGGUGGUGAAGGGCCACGCGUUCAAGGCCCACCGCGCCGUGCUGGCGGCCAGCAGCUCCUACUUCCGCGACCUGUUCCACAGCUCCCGGAGCGCCGUGGUGGAGCUGCCGGCCGCCGUGCAGCCUCAGUCCUUCCAGCAGAUCCUCAGCUUCUGCUACACCGGCCGCCUGAGCAUGAACGUGGGCGACCAGUUCCUGCUCAUGUACACCGCCGGCUUCCUGCAGAUCCAGGAGAUCAUGGAGAAGGGCACCGAGUUCUUCCUCAAGGUCAGCUCGCCCAGCUGCGACUCGCAGGGUCUGCACGCCGAGGAGGCGCCGCCCUCCGAGCCCCAGAGCCCCGUGGGCCCGGCCGCCCCCGGGGGGACCCCGGCAUCCGGGGCGGGGGCGGCGGCGGCGGCGGCGGGGGGGCCCUGGCCGGGCUGCGGGACCCCGCUGCCCCUGGUGUCGCGGGUGAAGACGGAGCAGGAGUCGGACUCGGUGCAGUGCGCGCCCGUGGCCAAGCGGCUGUGGGACUCGGGGCAGAAGGAGGCGGCCGGGGGCGGCGGGGGCGCCGGCCCCAACGGCAGUCGGAAGAUGGCCAAGUUCUCCACGCCCGACGGGGCGGCCCGGCAGCCCCCCCAGGCCCAGCCGGGGGUCCCCAAUGCCCCCGCGGCGGCCACGAUGGCGGUGGCCGGGCAGCCCGGGGGCGCGGGGGUGGCCGGCCAGGCCGGGGGGCCCGCGGUGGCCGAGAGGACCAGCCCCGGCACGUCGAGCGCCUACACCAGCGACAGCCCCGGCUCCUACCACAACGAGGAGGAUGAGGAGGAGGACGCCCCCGACGAUGGCGCCGACGAGCAGUACCGGCAGAUCUGCAACAUGUACACCAUGUACAGCAUGAUGAACGUGGGCCAGCUGGCCAGCCUGACGCCCCCGUCCCCCUCAGCUGAGAAGGUGGAGGCCCUGCCCGAGCCGGCCACCCCCGAGUCCAGGAACCGCAUGCGGGCGCGCCAGGACCUGGCCUCCCUCCCCGCCGAGCUCAUCAACCAGAUCGGCAACCGCUGCCACCCCAAACUCUACGACGAGGGGGAGCCCUCCGAGAAGCUGGAGCUGGUCACAGGCACCAACGUGUACAUCACUCGGGCGCAGCUCAUGAACUGUCAUGUGAGCGCGGGCACACGGCACAAGGUCCUGCUACGCCGUCUCCUGGCCUCCUUCUUCGACCGGAACACGCUGGCCAACAGCUGUGGUACCGGCAUUCGCUCCUCCACGAAUGACCCCCGGCGCAAACCCCUAGACAGCCGCGUCCUGCACGCCGUCAAGUACUACUGCCAGAACUUCGCCCCCAACUUCAAGGAGAGCGAGAUGAACGCCAUCGCCGCCGACAUGUGCACCAACGCGCGCCGCGUGGUCCGUAAGAGCUGGCUGCCCAAGGUGAAGGUGCUGGUGCCCGAGGGCGAGGCCUACGCCGGCUUCCUGGGCGAGGGCUGCAAGGUGGAGGCGGCCGAGCUCAUGGGCAUGGAGCACGCCUUCGACCACGAGGCCGCCGCUGCCCACGACGGGACCCACGACGGCGAGCCGGGGCCCUCUGACGGCCUGCCGUGAGCCCCCCCAGACACACGCGCGGGCGCGCGCGCGCACACACACACACGCACCCACACCCCCACCCCGGGGCGCUGCAUGUCGCCGCCCUCUGCCUUCAGCCCCCCUCCCCCCGGGGCCCCCCAAAGGCCGAGCGGGCGGGAAGGGGGGCCCCCCAGGCAGCCCGUGCUUCCAGUUUUUUCAAAAGCGCCUUCCAGCCUCUGACUCCCCCCACACACACACAUACACACACACACACACACCACACCCCACUCACUCCAGUGGGGGGGGUGUUGGGGGUCCAGGGGGACUGGGGAAACUGAGGCUGGGGUGAGGGGAGGGGUGUGCGAGUGAGCGAGAGUGUGCUCAGAGGCCGCAGGGCUGGGGGGGGGCCGAGCCGUGCUCCCCCCCACUUCCCCACUCCAGCCCCCUCCUGUACAGAAUUUUUAAGACAUUUUUUUAGUGAAUGAAAUACGUAUAAGAUUUCCUUUUAUUUUUCAAACCAGAAGCGGGGAGGGGGGAUUUCCCUCCCUUCCUUCAGUUCCCCCUGCCCCCACCCACCCCCUCCAGAAUGUAUGGGGGGGGGCACUGGGAAGGCGGCUUGUGAGGGCCGGGGCAAGCUGACUGUUUCGUGUGUGUGUGUCUCUGUGUGUGUGCGUGUGUGUGUGUGUGUGUGUGUGCUCGGUGGUGGUGGAGGAGAGGCAGGAGGUCCCCUGGGUCUCAGAGGGGAGACCCCCCCCCCUCGCCCACCCUCUCGUGUCCCAGCCGCAGGCACCCCCACUGGGGCCUGGCUUUUGACAGCGUGUUUCAAACCAUUCCUUUCUGUCCUUGUUCGGCACAAGGAUGUUGUUUUUUGUUUUCUCUCUCUGGUUUUCUUUCUUCCUUUCUUUCUUUCUUUCUUUCUUUCUUUCUUUCUUUCUUUCUUUCUUUCUUUCUUUCUUUCUUUCUUUCUUUCUUUCUUUUCCUCAUGAGCCGCGGCCACUGUUUGAUUUGCACAGACAAGCAGGCCCCAGGCUGGAGUUUCCCCCAGCAGCCCUGGGUCACCCAUGCGGUGCCAGGGCCAGGAACCACGGGGAAGGUCGUUACAACUUGGAUUUUAUUUUUGUACGGAACGCUUUCGCGUCGCGUGUGAAGCUGAGGGGUUUUUGUUUGUUUUUCUGUUUGUUUGUUUCCUUUGCACCCCCCCCAUGCCCUCUCCCACCCCACCCCCGAAAAGGAAAAAACCCCAGCACACCCGUUGCCAUUUCUUCCCCAGUUUGGCCUCUGCUCUCACCUCCUGCCCCUGGUCCCCACUGUGGUGGUGGGGGGUCACCUCGCCCCCGCCUGGACCCUCCAUGGGGUGGGGGGGUUCCCCGUUGUCUGCUGGGGGCAGGCAGUGGGGCGAGGGGGUGUCUCUGGUCCGGCUGGGGCCCAGCGGCCCCCCACAAGUGUGUAUGGUGGGGGGUGGGAGGUGGACACCCCCAGCUAAAGCACAAGCACCUUAGUUUCAGCCCCUCCUCCCCCCCCCCCCGGCCUCUGACCCCGACCCCCAGCAUCAAUCCCAAAGCACAAAAUCCUGGACACUUGGCGAGUUUGGGGGUUGAGGUGGGGGGGCAGCACCCCGAAACCUGGCCCUUGGUGAUGAUGUGGGGGCGCCCCCCGCGGCCCCCUCCUGACAUCAGGGACCCCCCCCUCAGCAGGUCCCCCAGCUUCCCGGGACCGUGUGCCUGGGUCUGGUGGGGAGGUCUCGGUGGGGAGCAGGGCCAGUGGGGAGCAGGGCCGGGCCAGGGAGUGUGGGGGCUGGAAUUUCUCCACCAGGAGAGCCAAAGACAGGUUCGUGCCUUACCUAGGAGCCACCCCUGCACCCCUGAACCCCGACCUCCACCCGGCCUGGAGCUGCAUGUCACCCUCCCUCCCACCCUGUUCCCCCCCCAUCUUUUGGGCAGCCAGGGAGAAGCCACAAAUCAGAUAACUGAAGAGACUGUAGGUGGGGCCCCCCAUCCUCUGGCUGCCCCUCACCCCCUUUCCAUGCAAGGACAGGCGGUCCCCGUGAAGUGCCAAGGCCGCCCCCCCAUCCCGUCCCCCAGCUCCCCUACCCCCCUGGUUGCACACAACUACUGUACGGAAAACGGGGGCGCGGGGCGAGUCAAUGUGAACUCGGGCAGCUCGACUGCCGCCAAUAAAAGAGGAGCCUUUGUAA